AUGGAGGUUCCCGACAGAGUGAUUAAGAAUCUGCUCAAGAUAGCUCGCGAAGCUCUGGAGAAAAAGUCUGCUGAGCAUCCGUCUCUGCCUGGGUCAGAAGAGGCCUCAUGCACGGCGGAAGUGCUCCAUGAUUGUAACCUUCUCAUUCGGCUUGCCAGCCAGCUCGCGGACUGGAAGGAGAAGCAUGCGCAAAGAAUGCACGCGAUGGACGAAAUGCAGGAGCUGGAGUCAUACAUGGAGGACUCGCUCUGGGACGGGGUCGAUAAGCCGGAGGUCUUGCUUCUUUCAGUCUACUUUUUCCAAACGAAGACCGUUAUUGCCCUGGGGCUCGAAGAGGAGACAAUCUUGUCAGACAUCAACCGCAAGCUCAAGGCAUGCAAAGUGUUUUUCAGCGGUAGAGAAGAGAGGAUGAUUGGCGUUGUGGCCAACAAUGAGCGUUUCGCGGCGAAGAUUAUCAAGGCACUCGAAAUCGCGGCCGACUACGCCACAUGUCCAGAGUGGAACGAAGACCUUGUAAAUGAAUUGUAUUCUCUAUCUAGAGAAGCUGCGGCUGCCUACAUACCAUAA